AUGGAAAUAGUGAUAGAGAACCCGACAGACAGUAGCACCCCAAUAACCCCGAUCACAAACAUAAACCCUAACUUCGGAACCCUGCCAGGCCCUCACCGGCAAUCUUACCGCGUCCACGGAAUCGACAGCGCGCCUGCGGAUUACUACGGAACUCUUCCUGUCCGAGCUCCUCGGCACAUGGUCCCAGUUUCCCCCGCGGAAUUCGAGCCCGCCCAAGUCCGCCGAGUCGACAAGUCGGGGUUGUUGGAAAUAGUAGAGCCUCGAACGCGGCACCUCACUGGAGCGGAAAAUUCGCUGGGUCAUCCGACAGGUGUUGGAGGUUCCGGAACGCUUAAUCGACGGAUCGACCGUUCCGGGCUCCUCGAGGCUGUUCCAGAAGUGCCUGACCAGCUGCUGCUGCCUCCGCCAAAAAGUCCCGAGACGUCAUUGAAGGCUAAAACAAAAAUUAAAGACGACUCGGCUUCGAUUUCGCAGAACAGGUCGAUAUCAGAGCGGCUUCUUACGGGGGCGGAAAUCGACAAGAGCAUUUCGCGGGCCGGAUCAUUGAGUCAAGAUGAAACCUCGUCCAUUAACGUCACUCAGUCCAACAGUCCAUACGCGAGGCGACACCUGAUCAAUCAAAAUCAAACCGCCGCCGAUUCUCCUUCAAAUGGUAACAACAGCAGCAAUGUUCCUUCGAAAUUUUUGGACCCAAGAAUCGGCAGGCAAACGUACGUUGACCUAACCGGCGCGAGUUACACCCGAGUUCCAGCACCCGACUCCAGUAUUUCGAGCGCGAAAGAGGAGGUGAAGGAAAAAAAACACCCGCCAGACUGUCUUGGAAGACUGAGUCCAAAAUCUCGCGACAAAUCGCCGCUCAAAGUAGUCUCCUCGAUUCCUGACGUGAUUGAGGCCCACGGGUCGAGAUCUCUGGUGACUGCGGCUGGUAACGAGGCAAAAAGCGAAGUCUCCGGCAAAAACGCCCAGAAAACAGCCCCGGGAUCUAUCAACAAGGGUGGAGCGAAAGAAACUCCUGAAGGCGAAAGAGCCGAAGCAGAGGGCUGCGAACACACUGCCAUUGAAAGCCUUGAAGAAACACGGGUGUCUUUCAAAGCCUCGAACAAGCUUUUACACAACGACAACAUCCAGACUCUUAGGGUGAUCAUCCUCUCGGAACAAUUGUGA